AUGUCUGCAACGAAUGAUCCUACGAAGGAACUCGUCCCCGACGUUGUUGCAGCUGCCAGCGAUACGGACCGCCAGCCACCGGCGGAAAUUGUUUCUGCUAGAAAGCAGUCAUGGAGCGACAUUUUCACUAUUGCCUGUGCCGGCUUUGCUUUGAUUAGCGAUGGGUAUCAGAACAACCUGAUGACUAUGACAAACGUCGUCCUCAAGGCGGAGUAUCCUCAACAGUACACGUCCGAAGUUACUAUUGGCCUCACCUGCGACUACCUUGGGCGCAAGUUCGCCAUCAUUUUGACGACCGCCUUGAUUGUUUUGGGGUCGAUUCUCGCAACUGCAGCCAGUGGAGUCACCAUUGAUGGCAUGUUUUGGAUGAUGACUGUCGCUCGUGGCAUCAUAGGCUUCGGUGCUGGUGGAGAGUAUCCUGCCUCUUCAACAUCUGCAUCAGAAGCCGCGAACGAACACUCUCUGAAGAACAGGGGCCCGAUUUUCAUCCUCGUCACGAACUUGCCGCUGUCAUUUGGCGGGCCUUUGCCAGUCAGCAUCUUUCUCAUUGUAUUCUCUGCCGCCGCUGGGCCUCAACACCUAUCGACUAUCUGGCGCGUAUGUUUCGGAAUUGGAUGCGCUCUGCCUUUGACAGUAUUCUACUUUCGACUGAAAAUGCUGAACUCCAAAUUAUACCGCCGCGGAGCAAUCAAACGUCAUGUGCCAUACAGAUUGGUAAUUCGAUACUAUUGGAAGCGCCUCAUAGGAACCGCUGGUGCAUGGUUCUUAUACGACUUUGUCACCUUCCCAAACGGCGUUUUCUCCGGUGUCAUUAUUUCAUCUGUCGUCAAGAACUCCAGCAUCAAGUCUACUGCAGAGUACCAACUCCUUCUCGGCGCUAUAGGUCUGCCCGGUGUUCUUCUGGGUGCAUACUUAUGCGAUCGAAUCGGCCGCAAGAACGUCAUGAUGCUGGGGUUUUCUGGCUAUCUUGUGUUUGGCCUGAUAAUUGGGGUGGCAUACGACCAAAUCACCAAGAUUCUACCUCUUUUCGUAGUUUUCUACGGCCUUAUGCAAAGUUCUGGCAACAUGGGACCGGGUGAUAUGCUUGGGUUGCUUUCUUCAGAGUCCUAUGCAACCGCAGUUCGCGGAACCUGCUACGGUCUCUCUGCUGCAGUGGGCAAAGCUGGUGCAGCGAUCGGAACACAGGCUUUCACACCAAUACAGGCUAGUCUUGGAAAGCGCUGGACAUUCAUCAUCGCGGCCAUAUGUGGAGUUGUUGGCGUUCUGGUGACUUACUUCUUCGUUCCGAACCUUAAAGGUGACGAUCUCUCAGAAGAGGACGCCAGGUUCCACGCGUAUCUACUCAGCCAGGGCUGGGACGGUGAAAUGGGAGAAAAGGACACUCCAGGCGUGGUUGGAGACAAGCCUGAGGUUGAAGUCGCACACGAGGGCAGUGCCAAGAAGAUAUAA